CUGACUUUGGACUCUGAACCCCCAUCUCUCUUCUAAUCAAGAUUCCCUUCUCUUCUCUCUCACUUCUCACAUGCUUUAUCUUACCCUUCUCUCUAUAUUUCUUCCUCUCAAUCAUCUCACUUUAGCUAUUUAGUUUUUCCUUUCAUUGUUCCUCAAUAUACAGUCCUCUAGAUCAAAAAACUCAUGGACACCAAGUUUGGGAGUCCAUUUGUCACAAACCCAUUUCAGUUUCUUCACUUUGCAUCUAAAGAAACCACUAAUUGGUUUAGUAAAGUUUUCCUUUAUACCUUGUUGUUUUUUCAAAUUUUGGGUUUUACUAAACUUGUUUCAGGUGGUCACCAAUGGGAUGGGAUAAUUGUUACUCAAGCAGAUUAUCAAGCGCUCAGGGCCUUGAAACAUGAACUAGUCGAUUUCAAAGGCGUGUUGCGCAGCUGGAAUGACAGUGGUUAUGGUGCUUGUUCUGGUGGGUGGGCAGGAAUCAAGUGUGUACAUGGUCAAGUCAUUGCUCUCCAGCUUCCUUGGAAGGGAUUGGGUGGCAAAAUCUCUGAGAAGAUUGGCCAGCUUCAAUCUCUUAGAAAGAUUAACCUCCAUGACAAUGUUCUUGCUGGCAGUGUUCCUUGGUCUCUUGGUUUCUUACCCAAUCUCAGAGGGGUGCACCUCUUCAAUAACCAGCUUUCGGGUUCUAUUCCUCCUUCAAUUGGUAACUGUCUUCUCCUUCAGACUCUUGAUUUAAGUAAUAAUGCACUCACUGGGGCAAUUCCUAGUCUUGAAAACUCAACCAGGUUAAUUAGACUCAAUCUGAGCUUCAAUUCAUUGACGGGUACAAUCCCAAAUAGUCUCACUAAAUCCCAUUCUUUGAUCUUCCUUGCUCUCCAGCACAACAAUAUCUCUGGCUCUAUUCCUAAUACUUGGGGUCAAAUAGGAAAAAAUACUUACCACCUUCAGUUCUUGACUCUUGAUCAUAAUCUUAUCUCUGGAACUAUUCCUGUUUCUCUUAGCAAGUUGGGUUGGCUUGAAGAGAUUUCUCUUAGCCAUAACAAGCUUUCUGGGACCAUACCUAGUGAGCUAGGCAGCCUCUUGAGGCUCCAAAGGCUAGAUUUGUCAUACAAUGCUAUUAAUGGAAGCUUUCCUGUUAGCCUUUCCAACCUUUCCUCUCUUGUUUCGUUGAAUCUAGAGGGCAACCACCUUGGAAACCAGGUCCCAGAAGCACUGGACAGGUUACAAAACCUUUCAGUACUCAAUCUAAAGAAUAAUCAAUUCAAAGGCCAAAUCCCAGCAACCAUAGGGAAUAUCUCGGGCAUUAACGCAAUUGAUUUGUCUCAUAAUAAUUUCAGCGGAGAAAUUCCAGAUUCACUUGACAACUUAGCAAAUCUCACUUCUUUCAAUAUUUCUUACAACAAUCUGACUGGUGCAGUCCCAUUGCUCCUUUCCAAAAAGUUCAAUUCAAGCUCUUUUGUGGGCAAUAUUCUAUGUGGGUAUGACUCUUCUAUCCCAUGUCCUUUUUUAUCUCCACCUCAGAACAAUCCAGGACCAUUUCAAGGGCCUACUGUGAAACCGCACCACCACCACCACCACCACAAACUAAGCACCAAGGACAUAAUUCUCAUAGCAGCUGGUGCAGUCUUAGCCGCUCUGCUUCUUCUGUGUUGCAUUUUGCUUUGUUGUUUGAUCAGGAAAAGAGCUGCUUCAAAAGGAAAGAAUGGUAAAACCGCGAAAAGUGCUGCUGCUUUGGGAAGUUCCGAGAAGGAAAUUACUUCUGGCACUCAUGUUGAAUCCGGAGGUGAAACAGGUGGCAAAUUAGUUCAUUUUGAUGGGCCAUUUCUCUUUACAGCUGAUGAUCUAUUGUGUGCAACUGCUGAAAUAAUGGGAAAGAGCGCUUAUGGAACUGCAUACAAGGCUACUUUAGAGGAUGGUAAUCAAGUUGCUGUGAAGAGGCUGAGAGAAAAGACUACAAAGGGUCAUAAGGAGUUUGAAUCUGAGGUUGCUGCACUAGGCAAAGUUCGACACCCGAAUCUCCUAGCCCUUAGAGCUUAUUACAUGGGACCCAAGGGAGAGAAGCUUCUUGUCUAUGAUUACUUGACUAAUGGGAGUCUAGCAUCCUUCCUUCAUGCUCGUGGGCCAGAAACCAUUAUCAAUUGGCCAACAAGGAUGAACAUUGCCAAGGGCAUUGCACGUGGUUUAUGCCACCUGCACGCACAAGAGGAAAUGGCACAUGGAAAUCUCACAUCGAGCAACAUAAUACUUGAUGAGCAGAUCAAUGCCCACAUUGCAGACUUUGGCCUCUCUCGUCUUAUGACAGCUGCUGCAAACACCAAUGUGAUUGCUACUGCAGGCUCACUUGGCUACAAUGCACCAGAGCUCUCAAAGAUGAAGAAGGCCAAUACAAAGACCGAUGUCUAUAGUCUUGGGGUGAUUAUAUUGGAGCUCUUGACAGGGAAAUCACCCAGUGAAGGCAUGAAUGGGAUGGAUUUGCCCCAAUGGGUGGCAUCAAUUGUGAAGGAGGAAUGGACAAAUGAAGUUUUUGAUUUGGAGCUCAUGAGGGAUGCGCCAAUUAUAGGUGACGAGUUGCUUAACACAUUGAAAUUAGCUCUGCAUUGUGUUGAUCCUUCACCAGCAGCACGGCCAGAAGUUCAACAAGUUCUUCAGCAGCUAGAAGAGAUUAAGCCAGAGCUGCCAGGAAGUUCAGGUGAUGAAGGUGCUGGAGUGCCAACAGCAGGUGAUGAUGGAGCAGUCAAACUGCCAUCAUCAGCAAGUGAAUGAUUGGUUUAUUUAAUUUUGGGGUUUUAUAUAGUUUACUUGGUUUAUAGGAGAUGAGAGAUAUAGGUAUUAGGUAGUGCUCAAAUUCUUUGAUUCUUAUUGUUUGUAUGUAAAUACAAGCUCAUUCCAAACAUUAUUUAGAAUAAUAAGCAUUCUUUUCUUAUGUAGGAGAAUGAUGUAUUCUUUCUUCUUUUUUGAAACCAGAAUUGGUGUAUUCUUUCAAUAAAAUUAUGAAUUUGCAAGA